CUAUGCUAUGAUGAAAAAGUGUUCCUUUAAUUUUUUUUUAAGCUGUGUGCUUGCACAGUGCAUUUGGGCAUUAUGUAGACUUUAAUCUCUGUAUCCUGCUUUAUAUGACAUCAUCUUUCCAGACUGAGAAGAAGUCCUAUAUUGUAUUUGGUGCUGGUGAUUAUCAUUGGAUUCUGUAGCGUGAAACCCAACAGAAUCCAGACAAGACAGGACAUCAUGGUGGUGAGAAAAGUGACCGUAGCUGCUGUUCUGCUGCUCAUCUGUGUUCAGCUGACGAACGGUUCUGCUCUUCCUGCUGUAUCCUCCUACGAGUUCACUGCUUAUAGGAUGCAACAGUACAAUUUAGCACAACAUAAAUAUGGUUACCAUGGAGCCAUUGUCGUGGCAGAGGCACGGUCAGCUGACGAGCCGGUGUUGACCCGUCGCUGUGUCAUCAUGAAGCUGCCAGAUUUCACCACUGAAAAUUUCCUUGAGACCCAGAGGCAAAAUGCUGCUGCCAUACUGAUCCUGUUACCCCAAAAUAUCUCCAGUAUCCCCCAUGACACUGUGCAGUCCUUCAUGAGAAGUGAGAGUGAAGCUUUGCUGAAGGAGACUCUCAUGCCCGUCUAUGUGGUACCUGAGGAUGAGCAGCUCCUUUGUAUGUAUGAGGAGGUCAAGCAGGCUGCUGCCACUCGUACCUCUUCUAUAUUCAUUCGAGUUCUUCAGAGUAUGGUCACAGCUACCGCCUUUCAGAUCUUAGUGAGCAAUAACAUCCCAAUUAAAGCCGUCACUGACAACACUAUAACCACACUGGAGGGAGUGCUCCCCGGAGCUGGCGAAGAUUCACCCACAAUUGUGAUUGCUGCUUAUUAUGACACAUAUGGACUUGCUCCAUGGUUAUCACAUGGGGCAGACUCUAAUGGCAGUGGAGUCACCAUCCUGCUGGAGUUGGCACGUCUCUUCCAGAAGCUUUAUAGCAGCCAGAGCACCAGACCAAAGUAUAACUUAAUGUUUUCACUAACUGGAGGAGGAAAAUACAAUUUUCUUGGCACAAAGAGAUGGAUUGAGGAAAAUCUUGACCAUGCACAGUCUAGCCUGCUUCAAGACAAUGUGGCAUUUGUUUUGUGUUUGGACACCUUGGCUAAUGGUGAUGAGCUAUUCGUGCACGUGUCCCGUCCACCUAAACCCGGAACACCUCUGCAUGCUUUCAUUCAGCAGCUACAGGAGGUGGCUUUUACCAGAUUUCCUUGGGUGAGGAUGGAAUUGGUACAUAAGAAGAUCAAUUUGGUGGAGUCCAGAGUAGCUUGGGAGCAUGAGCGCUACAGCCUCCGCAGGAUCACAGGAUUCACUCUGUCUCACCUAGAAGACCCCAAGUCCGAGCUCCGUGGUUCCAUACUUGAUACCAUGUCACAGGUGGACAUCAGGAAACUUAAACGUAAUGGUAUAAUCAUUGCUGAAACACUGGCGCGAUAUAUGUACAAUCUCUCUGUGAAGGGUUCAUCCAAAGAUAUGCCAGUGUUUAGGGGCCAAAUGGACUUCCAGGACAGUCGCUUGUCCAGCCUGAUGUCUGUCCUGACGUCAGUCCCUCGGGCUACCCAGCUGCUGGACAAAGAGCCCAGUCAUAUCCUGCUGGUCAGCUCACUGGAACAUGAGUUCAAACAGUACUUACAGCAGGUCCACAGACACACUUUCAAACAGGACAAGAGGGACCCUGAUAUCACAUUUUUUGAUCAGAUGAAUCAACCCAUAGUGAUGUACAGAGCGAAACCUGCAGCUUUUGAUCUCUUCCUCGGUGGUUGCAUUGCUGCUUAUUUGGGGAUAAUUUAUUAUACCAUUCAGAAUUUCAGCUAUUUCUACCCAAAACUGAAAGCAGCAGUGAAACUGAAGCACCAGUAAAUAAGACUGAGAUGCUGAGCAUUUGACAGCUGCUUCUGAAGUCUGCACUGCACAUCAUGUACC